AUGUCUGACUCAGAUACGACCGAUUCUGACUGUGGUGUUCGAUACAAAACGACCACCACAAGACACAAGCAUACGUCUUCGGCACCAUCAUCAUCUUCGAGAAAUCGUCCAGAGCGAUCAUCGUCGUACCGUGAGGAUCAUCAUCAUCACAGCUCAUCCAGACAUUCCGAUCGGCACCGGUAUCGAAGAAGCCGUAGCAAAAGUCCUGAUCGCAAACGUCACCGUCGAAGAUCCCGUUCACUGGAAUCUCCCGCACGAUCACGGUCCAAACAUUAUGCGCCACGAUCUUCCAAGAAGGAAACCACACCUCCACGAAAAGAAGCGUCAACUGAAAAAGUUCUAGAUAUUUCCGUGUCUUCCGUUUCUUCGCAAGAUGAACAACCAGAACAGCAGCAGCAGCUGACCAUCGAAAACAAUCCUGCUGACGAGUGUUUUGGACCUGCAUUGCCACCCGCUUUGCCAAACCCUGCCACCGAUACAGCUCAAGAAGAAAUCAUUGGACCAGCAUUGCCACCCCAUCUACAGAACCGCAAAUCGACCCAUAAAGAAGAAUCCAACGAUGCUAAACCGCAGCAGACCAUUGGUCCUGCUCUGCCUCCGGGGUUCGUUGCUUCGCCAGUGUCCGCCCACGAGCACAUUUCUUCCGAGUCAGAGCUUUCUCCAUUUUCCGAACCCGAAGACGAAGAAGAAGACCAAGAUAGUGAAGAGUUUAUUGGACCCUUGCCAGGAACAUCUAGCUCACGCGCCAACGUGGAACUAGAGCAGCGUGCACUGGAACUAAAGAUCCGGCAAAUGGAGGAAGCAGCGACCAUUGCUAACGGUGGUGGAUCAUCCACCGUACCAAAAGCACGUGAAGACUGGAUGCUAGAGCUACCGGAUAUACGCAAAAUCAGCGAUAUGGGACUCGGUGCCAGACAGUUCCGUACACGUGAAAAGCCCGAAAUUGGUGAUCGCACCGUUUGGACGGAUACACCUGCCGAUCGGGAGCGUAAAAAAAAGUCCGGGGUUCCGGAACGUUCGACAAAGCACUCGAGUGAUCCGGGAACGGAACGGGAACGAUCGCUUAUUGCCAAGCGGGAUAAAGAGCAGGAGAAGAUGGUAAAACAGCAUAAAAAGAAGCAUAAGCGUGACAAAACUUUGCUGGAAAUACAUCAAACCAAGCUGAAAGAGGACAAGAAAGCGUCCAGUGAUAGUUCCGAACCGACAAGAAGACCGUUCGAUCGGAAUGUAGAUUUGCACGCGAACCGCUUCGACGAUGCCCAAAAGAAGGCCGUUAUGAAGAAGGCACAACUUCUAAAUUCAAGGUUUUCCAGCGGUAGUUCGAAAUAUUUGUAA